AUGCAAAAUGAAAGUGACAAUCUUCAUGGUGAAAUGCAAGCAGCCGAUGACAAUGAAGUGGUUCGGACUGAGAAUAUUGAUUGGGAUGAGUUGGAGAUAGCCCAAGACAAUAAUGUAGAUAUUAUCACUGAAAGUGGUGCUGAUCCAAGCAAUAUUUUCACACAGGCAAGUAUUGCCACUUCUUUAUGCCAGGGCCAUAAUGCAAGCUGGGUUGCUUUUACAGAAGAAACUGGGAAUUUGUUUCAGCUAUUUAUGAAUGUAGUGAGAUCAGUUGCUGCUCCAUCUGAAGCUACUGCUGGCUUUGAGGAAAUGGUCUUGGGAACUCAACGCAAGUAUUACAUGUUGGGUGGAAAGGGAGGGGUUGGAAAGACGAGUUGUGCUGCAUCCCUUGCCGUAAAAUUAGCAAACAACGGUCAUCCGACUCUAGUGGUUUCAACUGAUCCUGCACAUUCUUUGAGUGAUUCUUUUGCCCAGGAUUUAACUGGGGGAACGCUAGUACCAGUUGACGGACCCUAUUCUCCUCUGUUUGCUCUUGAGAUAAACCCUGAAAAGCAAGGGAAGAAUUUCGAAGUGUCAGUGGGGGAAGUGGAGUCAAAGACUUCAUGGAUGGCAUGGGUCUUGGGACGCUUACAGAACAGGAGAAAACUGAAUAAGGGGAAAGGCACUGUUUGGCUUCUGCUUGGGGAACUAAAGCUGGGAGAAUUGUUGAACUCACCUCCGCCUGGUUUAGAUGAAGCUAUUGCGAUUUCAAAGGUUAUGAAAUUCCUUGAAUCACAAGAAUACAAUAUGUUUACUAGAAUAGUGUUUGAUACUGCCCCCAUGGGUCACACAUUACGGCUGUUAUCCUUGCCCGACUUCUUGGAUGCAUCAAUUGGGAAGAUAUUGAAGUUGAAGCAAAAGAUAUUUUCGGCUACUUCAGCCCUAAAAUCUGUCUUCGGUCAGCAAGAAAACCAGACAAAUGCUGCUGACAAAUUAGAGAAACUAAGGGAGAGGAUGAUAAAAGUGAGGGAGCUCUUUCGUGACACAAACUCAACAGAAUUUGUCAUUGUAACAAUCCCCACGGUGAUGGCCAUAAGUGAGUCAUCAAGAUUAUGUUCUUCUCUUAAAAAGGAUAAUGUCCCUGUCAAGAGACUUGUAGUCAACCAAAUUCUUCCUCCAUCCACCUCUGAUUGCAAGUUCUGUGCAAUGAAGAGGAAGGAUCAAGCGCGUUCUAUCAGCAUGAUCAAGAGUGAUCCGGAGCUCUCCAGCUUGACGAUGAUCCAGGCACCUCUUGUUGAUGUAGAAAUCAGAGGCGUUCCUGCUCUUCAGUUUUUAGGGGACAUCGUUUGGAAGUGA